AUGAACUCUUAUAGUGAAAUGAUUCCCCCAUAUGAAAGCAGCACUUUCAUAAUGCACAACUUCUCGAAAGCCAAGCUAGAAUCUGAGCCGGUCUACUCCCCACCAUUACACUCAAAUGGUUUAUCAUGGAGGCUGAAAAUAUACCCAGAUGGUAAUGGUAUUGUCAAAGGAAACUACCUAUCUGUUUUCUUGGAGUUAAGCUCUGGUUAUCCGGAAUCAUCCAAGUAUGAAUACAAAGUGGAAAUGCUUCAUCAGGCGGGUGGGGAUUCAACAAAAAAUGUUGUUAGGGAGUUUUCUUCAGAUUUCGAGGUUGGGGAAUGCUGGGGGUACAAUAGGUUCAUACGGUCUGAUCUUUUGGUCAGUGAGGGCUAUUUAAAUGUUCCUUUGGAUACUAUUGUGCUAAGAUUUCAAGUAAGAGCUCCGACCUAUUUCCAAAAGAGUAGAGAUCAACAAUGGUACAUAAACCAGUUACAAGCCAUACAAAAUAGAUAUAUUUCACAGAUCAACGAAUCCAAAGAGAGACUAGCAGGAAAAUUUUGCAAAAAAUCAGAUUCAACCAGAUCCCAAGCUAAGAAUGUCUAUAAACUAAAUAACAAUGAAGAACAUCCAGACAGAAUUCCUUUUACUGACCAUGCUUUCCAGAAAAGUACCAACACAGAAAGCUUCAAGAAAAGUAACACAGCUUUACAUCCUGCAAAAGGGUCUAGCUCAGCUUCAUCCUCAGCUACGUACAUUAAAAACAAACAAUCAGAAAAUAAUACUGAAAAUGGUAAAACUCAAAGUAGGCCUUUGCUAGGGCUUGGAGUAUCAUUGAGCUCACCAAAUUUACUGAACUUUUCCAUGUCUUUAGCCCUCAGCAGCAGCAGUAGUGAGAGCGAUAUAAGUCAAACUGAAUACGAAGCCAUAAAUGAUGACGAGGCAUCCAAUGAUGAUAAUGAAGAAAAUAUAACAGGAAAUGGUGAUUAUUUAAGCGAUUCAAGCGAGUCACAUUGUCCCCACCACGAGACAAGCUGUCAGAUUGCGGAAAGAGAAAUAUGCCAACUUAAAAAAACCAGAUCAAAAUAA